AAGAUGAAAGAUCCAAUGCACAGUAUAACCCGCGAGUUUCGAGCUUUACAAUGGCUCGCGAAGUAGCUACAAGCUUUUGGACUUUACUCUUGCUAUUAUCUGUGACAGCCCUCUCUGCUGCACCAACGUCAGAAGAAUCGACAGACGUAACAGUUCCUGAUGUAGCGGAAGUUACUUUAUCGACGGAGCUGAAGCCUCCUCCACCGGCGGAAGAAUUGCAAUAUGUACUUUUCGUGAUAAAUCUGUACGACGUGAAAAAUGUUUCUGGUGAAACUUCCGAAGAGAUUCUUGGAAACGAGGUCAUCGAGAAUAUUCCAGAAAUAGCAGACCCAGUAGCGACGGUGCUUCUGCUGGUCGAAUUGGACAGUGCUGGUGAAGAUAUCAACACACCGGUAGAUCUUGACGAGGUUGCGGAUAGUCUAAGGAACAACGAAGGUUUGACCGUGGAGAAGAUGAACUAUGACGGUAAAACCAAAGCCCUGCGACUGAAGCUCAAUAAGGAGAACAAAAAAUCCAUAAUGUCACCAAAUAUGGAGUUCAGUAAAGUGAAGAACAUCCGACAGAAGAGGACGAUAUGCAUGACGUGUAAUUGUGGUGGACGCAAUUGUGGAGGCGGUGGAGGUGGUUAUCCUGGAGGCGGUGGUGGUGGCUAUCCUGGUGGUGGCUAUCCUGGCGGUGGUUCCCCUGGAGGUGGCUAUCCUGGAGGUGGUGGCUAUCCAGGCGGUGGCUACCCAGGCGGUGGUUCUCCUGGAGGUGGUUAUCCUGGAGGCGGUGGCGGUGGCUAUCCUGGUGGUGGCUAUCCUGGCGGUGGUUCUCCUGGAGGUGGCUACCCUGGCGGUGGUUCUCCCGGAGGUGGUUAUCCUGGAGGUUCUGGAUCCGGUUCUGGCUGCAAAACAUGUGGUGGCAGUGGGCAGGCAUAUGCCUCAGCACAGUCGAAAGCAGUAGCUUAUGGGUAGAUAUAAAAGGGAUGAUAAGAAGACGAAGUGCCGAGGAUGUUACAUAUAUGCCGCUCCAAAAUGAUGGCAACGACUGGGAGAAAUUUGAAAACGUGUUCGAGGAAUCGCAUUAAUUUGUUACGAUGACGUUCGUCAUUUUGAUCGGUGAUUUGCGUAACAUGUAUCAAGCACCAAAUAAAUGAAAAAAAAAUGGUAAACAGG